AUGGAGACCGAGGUGAGGUCUCACCGGGGCGAGCUGCUCGCCCACCAGCCAGGGGUCUGCAGCGAAAUGCUGGAGGUGGCAGAGGAGGCCAACCGGGCCGGGGACUUUAACUUGGCCGUGGAGAUCUACGGCUCCAUGCUCUCGGACCUCCAGCAGCCGGACCGGAGCUUGUGUCUGAGGAAGGCCGAAUCUCUGACCCGAGCCGGGCGGAUCUCCGAGGCGCUGGACUCGUUCUGCACGGCAGCCAGCCUGGGCAAACUGCGCCCGGAGGAGCUACCCGUCCUGGUGGAAACCAUGGCACGGACUCUGCGCGAGAAGGAGCUGGGCCUGUCAAACGCGCACGGGACACGCAGCAGCAGCGGGGGGGCGGACGGGGUGGACAGUGACGAUGAAUGUGCGGACGACGAGGCCCUGGACCUGUUCUCCUGUCGUCUCUGCAGACGCCUCCUCCACGAGCCCACCACCGUGGAGUGCGGACACACCUUCUGCAAGAGCUGCGUGGAGGACGCGUCCGUGGAGGAGUGCGCGCACUGCGAGCAGCGGCUGGGGGGGAAGGACGCGGUGCCGAACGGCCACCGGGUGGACGUGGUCCUCAGCGGCCUGCUGGCCAAGCUGUUCUCCGCCGAGAGCCAAGCCCGGAAGUUCUGGGUGGAGGGCGAGCUGCUGCGGAAGAACCAGAACCUCUCGGAGGCUUUGGAGAAGUACAACGCCGCCGUGGAUCUGGUGCCCUCCUCAGGCAGACUGCUGUGCCAGCGGGCGGCCUUGCACAUGGAGAUGAGGAACUUCAGUCAGGCCGUGCAGGACGGCAGCAGCCUGUGUCGGAUGAAACCUCUGUGGUCCAAGGCUCACUGUGUGAAGGCCUCGGCGCUGAGCGGGGCGGGGCAGAAGGACGAGGCCUUGCAGGAGUUCCUGUUGUGUGUGGCGCUGAAGCCCGACUGGACCGAAGUGAAGCUGCAGGCUCAGAAGGUCCUCAGCGAGGUCUUCUCCUCCGUCUUCGAGAGCGAGGAGGUGCCCCCCCCGCUGCACCCGCUGCAGGGGGGGCUGGGCGCCAGCCUCAUCAAGCCCCCCGCCCUGCUGAGGAGCCUGAGGCCGCUCACGCAGAAACCCGGCUCCGCCUCCUCACAGGACUCUGAGGUCAGCGAGACGCAGGACGAGUCCUUGUACCGACUCCCCUCGCCGUCUCCGUGUAGAUCGGAGCUCGGCGCCGGUGAGAGCAGCACCAAGAGCCUGGCCUCCGUCCUGGCCGCCCUGCCGGCGCCCCCCGGAGGCCUCAAGCGGAAACGCAGCGGAGACGGACCCGUGGUGGCCUUCAACCCCCCCUCCAAGCUGCUCCGACCCGACGAGGAGAGCGGCGUGGAGGCGGCCUCGCCGUUUGGAGGAAGGUCGUUUCCUGCCGGGCUGCUGGACAGCGGAGACAUGGAGUGUUCCCUCUGCAUGAGGUUGUUCUACGAGCCGGUGGCCACGCCCUGUGGACACACCUUCUGCCUCAAGUGUCUGGAGCGCUGCCUGGACCACAACUCCAACUGCCCUCUGUGCAAGGAGAACCUGUCCGAGUAUCUGGCCACUAGGGGCUACAGCAAGACCCUGCUGAUGGAGGAGGUGCUGCAGCGUUACCUAGGAGACGAGCUGGCGGAGCGAAAGAAGAUCCACAAAGAGGAGAUGAAGGAGCUGUCCAACUUGAACCAGGAGGUUCCCAUCUUCAUCUGCACCAUGGCGUUCCCCACCAUCACCUGCCCGCUGCACGUGUUCGAGCCCCGGUACCGGCUCAUGAUCCGCCGCUCCAUGGAGACCGGCACCAAGCAGUUCGGCAUGUGCAUCGCCGACGAGCUCAAGGGCUUCGCCGACUACGGCUGCAUGCUGGAGGUGCGAGACGUGAAGUUCUUUCCCGACGGUCGCUCGGUGGUCGACACCAUCGGCGUGUCGAGGUUCAAGGUCCUCAGCCACGGACAGAGGGAUGGCUACAACACCGCCAAGAUCGAGUACCUGGAGGACAAGAAGGCGGAGGGGGAGGAGCUGGCGGAGCUUCUGAAGCUGCACAACGCCGUGUACGAGCAGGCCAACAACUGGUUCACCUCGCUGAAGGACAACAUGAAGAGCCAGAUCCUCAGCCACUUCGGUCAGCUCCCCAGCAAAGACUCGGACCCCCAGGCCAGUCCCAGCGGCCCGGCCUGGUGCUGGUGGCUGCUCGCCGUCCUCCCGCUGGAGAACCGAGCCCAGCUUACCAUCCUAGCCAUGACCUCCCUCAAGGACCGCCUCAUCGCCAUCCGCAGGGUCCUCAUCUUCGUCACCAGGAGGAGGCCGCGGUGAUCGCCCGCCUGCUUGGGGAGGGA